AUGGUCUGGUUGAAUUCACAAUGGGCAGAGAAAAAAAAAAGGUUGCCUGCACAGGGUCCUAAACCUCCGGAAAAUUUAGAAAUUGCCAAAGUAACAAAUUCAACAUUGUUGUUAAAUUGGAUAGCACCACAUUCCCUAAUUGAUUAUUAUUCUGUUGGAUAUUAUCCAAUAAACUCUGCACAGGUGAAAAAAAUUGGCAUUACAAAUACUACAAAUUAUGAAAUUAGAAAUCUUAUAGCAGGUGAGAGAUAUAAUAUAGAAGUUGUGUCAGCUCUCGAUAACAUUGAGUGUUAUGAUCCAGUGAUUCUUCAGCAAACAUUGUAUCCAAAUAGCAUUAAUAAAGAGUAUAUCCGUACAAUACUGGAUUCAAGAAACGUCACGUUUCAAUGGAGAGUUCCUACAGGUCAAGUCGAUUCAUAUUCUAUAAUGUAUACCUCCUCUAGAAAACCAAAAGAUCAACUUUCACGACAGGUACUUUUAAACUGUUUUUAACAUCAAAAUAUUUUC